UUGUUAUAACAAUAGAAUCUUAUCGCUUUCCAUCCCCACUCGUCACUUGCUUGGUAGGCUUAUUUUAAAUAUUUUUACAACGAUCAUUUGCACUCGUUGUCUGUUAAAGAAGUGUUGUUAUAAAAAAUGGUGGACUUGCAAGAAACAGAAGAUGAUUUUGAUAUCCAAGAAAUAGAACCACCAGUUGAGAAUCCUAAAUACGAAUCAUUUGAUUUCAAGUCUUUUGAACCAAAUAGUCUGUCGGAUCUUGAAUUAUUAGCUGGCAUUGCUGCAAACUAUAUGAGUGAUUUAUCAGGAUUACACUAUACUAAUUGUCAACAAGUUGCUAUGAACUACAUAAGGCAACUGCACAAUAUGGAAUUCAAAUUGAGAUGCGAUGUAUGUGGUACAGCUCACUAUCAAAACGAAAUCUCAGCACCGGAGAGAUAAGAGAACCAGUUCACGGAUGUUGCAAAGAAAAUAAAUAUUUUUAAAUAAAAUACAUGAAUAAUAAA